GACAAAGGCAACAAAACACAAAGGACUUGAAGGCAGACAUGGCGACGUCAACAUGGACUAGAAGAAGAGCCUUCGAGUGUUCUUCGUGGCCACAUCGCGUGGGAGUGUUGUGGAGCUGAGUGGAGCAAACACCACCAUGUUGUCUUCAUUCAGUUUAGAUGAGGAAUUCAUCAUAAUCCUCAUAAAGGGUUAGUGGGUUUUUCUCGUGUCUUUCUGGCCAUCUCCGGGUCUAAGUUGGAUGUCAAAGUUGACCAACUUGUGGGAUUAUGUCCACAACCUUCUACUAUUCAGGUUGUCACGUCUCCACAGGUGAGGCCCCCAGACCCCUACAAGCUGGCCCCCCUGACGAGGGCCACCAUGGGCCUGUGUGAGCAGGAGAUGGAGAGGAGAUAUGAGAUGGUGCCCUCGGUGGUGUGCUCCAUCAGCUGCCUCUUUGGAGUCAUCUACUGCUUCUUUGGCUACAGAUGCUUCAAGGCGGUGUUGUUCCUCACCGGCCUCAUGUUCGGCUCCGUGGUCAUCUUCAUGCUGUGCUACAAGGAGAGAGUGAUGGACACUCAGCUCAGCAUCGAGGCGUCAGUGGGCAUCGGCCUUGGCAUCGGGACCUUGUGCGGCCUGGUGACCAUGUUGGUUCGUAGUGUGGGACUGUUCAUGGUGGGCCUGCUGCUGGGCCUGCUGGUUGGCGUGGCUUCCCUGGUGGUCAUGGAGGAAUUUUACCAUCCUAAAACAGUCUGGGUUCCUCUUGGAAUUCUCCUGGGCUCUGGGACCUUGUUUGCCGUCCUUACUCUUCAGUGGCAACGCUGCUUCGUCACCUUCUCCACGGCCACCUUCGGCUCGGCCGUCAUCACCAUCACAGUGGACUACUUCAUAGAGCUGUUUGCCUUGGUCAACUACGUGUUCGAGAGACUCAAGGUGGCGCCCAAGAAGCCAGUGUGCUGGUUCACCUGGGUCAUUAUGGGGGUGUGGCCUGUCCUGGCCCUGCUGGGAGUGCUGAUUCAGUGGAAAGUCACCGCCGAGGGCUUUUCGCACACGGAAGUGGUGGUGAGUCGGCAGCAGAGGCGAGUCCAGCUGAUGCGCAUCCGGCAGCGAGAAGAGAAGCUGAGGAAGGAGAAGAAGAAGAAGAAGAAGGUGCACCACCCACAGUACCACCACCCCGCCAACACCUCGCAGGCGCCCAAAGCCCCGCCUCCUCACGCCGAGCCCGGCCUCCAUCGCAAGCCACUCCCCAAGAAGCGCCUGGAAGGAGACGUGCUGUCAGCGAGCUACAUCCGCAGUUUCAGGGACAGACAAACGGACAGACGAGCGUACUCCCAGAGUCGAAUGAUGAGCCGCUCCAGGAUGGCUGGACUCGACUAUGACUGCGGCUCCCAAGUACCACUCACAGUGCCCUCCGGACCACCCGUUCGCAUCUGAUAACUGCAAGGCACAGACCCUCCCAAGGCUGACUGUGGCCAAGGUGGUCGGCCAUGUUGGAGGUUGUGUUGACGCAGCCUGUUUCGCCUUUUCAAAACGUAAAGCCACAAGAGAACCCAGAAGUGCAUGCCAUUGAAGCCACGGCACCUUGGUCGUUGGAUGGAAACCUCCGUCACGCCAUCUGAGAGAUGCCGGGAGCAUGGACUUGCCAGGUGCAAUUUUUAUUUCAGGUCUGCUCAACUUGUUGUUUGUUUGUCAAGGGAAGCUGCCACUGCCUUCAGAAGCUGCAGGAUGAGGAAGGUACAGUCCAGAACAUUCCUUCGUCUUCUCUUUUGCAAGACCUUCUGAACUCAUCUGUCGACCCUCGGUCUCUACCGUAGUGCACAAACAUGUCAAUGUAAUCCUUUUGACUUGUUUUUACUUCAAUUCAAUGAAAAACUAAUGUUUGUCAAAAUAAACCGGGUUAGUUUAUGCCUCAGCCCUCACUUAAAGCCUGGGUGAAGAAUGCAUUACUGACCUGAUAAGACCCGAUAGUUUGGAAGAUGCAGUUUUACCUGCUCACAGGUUCUACCUGGUGGUUGUUUGAGCGCACAGCAGCUAGUCCUGGACACAUUGACCAACCCCCGCCCCUUAGUGCUUCAGUCACAAGGAGGAUUUUCCAGGGAACGAGGCAAAAACUAACCCAGACGCCCUGUCCAAGACAGAAACAAUUAAAUAAACACAUGCUGGUGUUCUGUCGAAAUGAGCCGCUUCGCCCAAAAAAGCUACCGGUUGCAUAAUUCCAAAAAAUGCUACCUUAAGUUUCGAAACGUCAAUUUAGAUACCAAAUAACACUCUCACUGCAGAGUGGCUAUGAUUGAGUUAUUAAUACCACAGAGUGGUUGCACAUUCCGAGAGGUAUCAAAGAAUGCUCCCACACCCGCAUGGUAGUCGGGCACGACUCUUAUGGUCGUAGUUCCUCUCUGAACACGCAACCUUUUGUUUUCACGACAACUGCUGUUGUUGAAACCAGGGGUGCCCAAAGUUUCUGCAUCCGAGGUCCAAAGUGUCCCUAAACCGAACGGCCAUUUUUACCAUGUGAUUCUCCCCGAGUGAGGAGACUAGCCUCGGCACAAUUCUAGAGACUGAGCUGCUACUUGUUUUGUUUUUAGAAGUUGUUGUUGGUACCAGUCAUGAUUUUACCAUACAUUUCGGUGACCGAGAUGCCAGGUUUUUACGGUAAAAUCUACUGAUUUUUUUUGCUAGCCACCUUUUGGCGGGCCGAAUGAAAUGAAACAACUGGUCAAAUUUGGCCCGCGGGCCCCACUUUAGGCGUCCCUCGUUGAAACGGUGAUUUAUAAAGAUGAAAAUAUAGGCUUGCAUCGUUAGCAUCAAUGUCAACUUCCUCGCGCUGUAAUUGUAUACAUGCUUCCUGGUCAGAAGACACCAUGAAACAUCCAUCUGAGGGUGGCGGGGGUUGCUGGAGCCUAUCCCAACUAUGUUUACAAACGAUUACGGAACUUUAGAUGCUAAAUUAGCUCAUUUCGACAGAACACAGCUGAUCAUGAUCAAAGCACUGCCAUGAAGUGGUGCAGACACACAAGUGGAGAGUGAAGGGAUGGUAUGCAACAUUGAAAUGUAAUUAAGUCUGGG